GAUGGAAACACUUACCAGCCAACAAAAGUCAUCAGAUAGAAUGGCAACAGCUGAAAAGUAUGGUUUAUGUUCUAAAACUUUGGAACAACAGGAAAAGGAAUUAAAAAAGAAGAUCACAUCGCGAUUUAAAUGUGAGAGAUACGAGAUAGUUGAUGCACCUGGAGCACAAGAAUAUCACUUGAUCAUUGACAAUUCAAAUCCAACCUGUCAUGCGUUUAUGAAGCAGAUUAUCAGGUCCAAGUUUAUGCAAUUUCCAGAUACAUGCGUUGGUUGCUACGAUAUAGUAAAGCAAGAUAGAAACAUAAUGGCAACAGAAAUCAUGAAGCUGCACAUUGGGAAUAAAUACGACAGAUUUUAUCUGUAUAAUAACACAUCUCGCAAGAUUUCUUUGCAAAAGAUAUCUUUACCACUCUUUUCAAUCUGUGGAAAAACUUAUUCGGAGAUUGCAAUUGAUCACUUCAAGAUUGGAAGUUCUCAGCUGCUUAAAAGAAUCGUUGCUUACUCUAAACUACUGAAAAAGAUCAGCUUCAGAGGCUGUAUUUUUAAAUGCAAAGAGUUUACGAUCAAAGAAGGCAUCUGGACCGGCCUAAAAGCAAUCAGCCUAUCUAGCUGUACUGAUGGAGAAGGAGUUGAACUAACUCAGGAAUCUGAAACUUUACAUAUCAUUAUGAAACCAAUCUUAGGGUGCUCGCCUUCACUUGAAAAGAUCACGGUAGACCGGAAGAAACUUACUGCAGCGGAUUUUUAAUGUUG